AGAGUCGCUCCCAAGCCCUACUGUCCCCUUCCCUAAACCAGCUGGUCUGGGGGGCGGGGAGGGGACCUUCCCACCCCAGGCGCGACACACGAGAUGGCUCCGUGGCUUCACAGAAACGGCUCUCUGGCUUUGUGGUCAGACGCCCCCACCUUGGACCCCAGUGCAGCUAACACCAGUGGGUUGCCAGGAGUUCCAUGGGCAGCGGCAUUGGCUGGGGCAUUGCUGGCGCUGGCCACGGUGGGAGGCAACUUGCUGGUAAUCACAGCCAUCGCCCGCACGCAGAGACUACAGACCAUAACCAACGUGUUCGUGACUUCGCUGGCCACAGCUGACUUGGUAGUGGGACUCCUCGUCAUGCCACCAGGGGCCACAUUGGCGCUGACUGGCCACUGGCCCUUGGGCGAAACUAGUUGCGAGCUGUGGACGUCAGUGGAUGUGCUCUGUGUAACUGCCAGCAUCGAGACCCUGUGCGCCCUGGCUGUGGACCGCUACCUAGCUGUCACCAACCCUCUGCGUUACAGCACACUGGUUACCAAGCGCCGCGCCCGGGCGGCAGUUGUCCUGGUGUGGAUCGUGUCCGCUGCCGUGUCCUUUGCGCCCAUCAUGAGCCAGUGGUGGCGUGUAGGGGCAGAUGCCGAGGCACAGGAGUGCCACUCCAAUCCGCGCUGCUGUUCCUUUGCCUCCAACAUGCCCUACGCGCUGCUCUCCUCCUCUGUCUCCUUCUACCUUCCCCUCCUUGUGAUGCUCUUCGUCUACGCUCGAGUGUUCGUCGUGGCUAAGCGCCAACGGCGUUUGCUGCGCCGGGAACUGGGCCGCUUCCCGCCCGAGGAGUCUCCGCCGUCUCCGUCGCGCUCUCCGUCCCCUGCCACAGGCGGGACACCCGCGGCACCGGAUGGAGUGCCCUCCUGCGACCGGCGGCCUGCGCGCCUCCUGCCGCUUCGGGAACACCGCGCCCUGCGCACCUUGGGUCUCAUUAUGGGCAUCUUCUCUCUGUGCUGGCUGCCCUUCUUCCUGGCCAACGUGCUGCGCGCACUCGCGGGACCCUCUCUAGUUCCCAGCGGAGUUUUCAUCGCCCUGAACUGGCUGGGCUAUGCCAACUCCGCCUUCAACCCGCUCAUCUACUGCCGCAGCCCGGACUUUCGCGACGCCUUCAGUCGUCUUCUGUGCAGCUACGGUGGCCGUGGACCGGAGGAGCCACGCGCAGUCACUUUCCCAGCCAGCCCUGUUGAACCUAGGCAGAGCCCACCACUCAACAGGUUUGGUGGCUAUGAAAGUGAGCGUCCGUUUCCCACGUGAAGGACCACGGAGAUCCAGCAAGGAAGCUGACUUCUGGGAUUUUUGUGUGUGUGUGUGUGUGUGCCAGAAAGAUAAGCAACGUCCAUGGAUGCAACAGUUUUGUAACGCCUUUGAUUUCUACUCAGAACCUCAACUCUCCAACACUCCAGAACCCGAUGACUAGACCACAAGAUGUAAAGGGGAAAUCUGACCAAAUGGUUUUCACCAUUCUCUCUCUCUCUCUCUCUCUCUCUCUCUCUCUCUCUCUCUAUCUCUCUCUCUCUGAGAGAAGUUGUCCAAGACCCACCUUGAACUUCACUACUACCUCAGCAGCUGGGAUGUCAGGCCACCUGCGCUUGACGGCCCUGGGAGGAG